AGCUGAGCGGGAGACAAGCGACACCAGGAGUGUGAUGGUUUGCACUUCUAUCAAGACAGUUAGGCAGGAAAGGAGCAGAACAGAGUUGCUUAGAUAAAGAAUAUCCAUGCAACAGUCUAUAUGGAUGGAGAGGACAAAAAAGGGGGACAAAGGAGGGACAAAAAAGAAUAAUCCCACAAGCAUCCAUAACAGGAUGCUACUUUUCUUCUCAUUAGAACUCACAAAGAAAAGACAGUGUGACUCCUGUGCAUCCGUCAGGAUUCAGUGAUCAACCCUGGAUUACUUUUGGAGGAAGCAGAAGCUCAACCAGUAGUUUGCUGUAACAGUCGACCUGGACCGUUGCAGAAAUGAAAGGGAAGGAAACAGAGCGGUGAACGGACGGCUCUGGAGCAUCUGGGUCUACUCGUCUCGGUCACUCUAAUCCAAAGAUGGGGGACUGAAGGACAUUCAGGCGAUGCUAUAUGCAGCUCCUGCUUCUCUCAGUCUGAUUAUUGUCUGGGAUCUGUUUGCUAAUUUGAGAGGCGGGCUCUCCGUCUUACCAAGUGACUUCCACUACCUCAUGAUAAUGACCUUCUCAUAAACUGAUGAAUCAAGCCACCUCCCAAGCCCAGAUACUUACUGGUAAUCAGCGAUGUCAUGGUGGUUGGACAUGUAUGUACUCACAUUUCCAGUGAUUUAGGGUCCAGCAUGUCGAGGGACAAAGUGGAGACGUCCAUUUGAUUUACAAGUGGAUGGCCGCUGGAGCUAAGCAUACAGAGACUGAUGAGGAAGGUGAAGAGUGAAGGUCUCGUCCAUUAGUGCUCCCAAGGGAGACAUGGGCCUGGAUGCUGUCCGGACUCACUGACCUAUCUCAUUACAACAUUACAAUGUUGGCCACUGGAGAAUCUUCAUGGCUGAUUGACAACUCUCCCUGCUGGAGGGCUUGCAAAUGGAUUUAAACGAUUUUGAACAUCUACAUAUCUACGUAUUUCAGUCUUUCUGAGUACAACGAGACCAAAAAAGCACAGAUUUGGAUCACACCAUGAGCAGAACGUUCCAGUUCUGUGCGAGGAAAGGAGUCUACGUUCCUUUUUCUUUCUUGGUUGUAUCCCUCCUGCAUGGGAAUAUCAUGAAAGUAUAAACAGGAGGUGCGUCCAACAUUUCAUCUCUGCUCUAGAUAUCUAUCAGUGCUUUCACCAUCACUCAAGCCGAAAAAACGGGAAAUAAUCUUCAAAUGGCAUUUUCUCUCACAUCCACUGAGGACAGGUGUUGAAUUCCAAGCCUUCUUCCCAUUGAGGUCAGGAAGAAAAAGUUUGCAGCUUUGGAGAGACAGCCAGGUGCUUUUGUGGCUGUCAGCCUCUCUGGGACUAACGGUGAAAGGAAAAGCCUCGCUUGGGGGCUCCGCUGGAGCGGAAACACUUUUCAACGGGCUAUGUUUGGAUGUGAUGCUUGUCUCUGAGGAUCUAACAUGGACUUUAUGCCCUGAUUACGCAGCCCUGGUGUACAGAUAAUUCUGGAGGGAAAGGAUAAUGCAUAUCCUCCUCUGCACGGAAAAAGCCACCAUGAGCAACGUCACAGUAACCGACAACACUGAACCCAUCAACCACACCAUCAGUCAGGAACCCCCCAGCGCCUACACACCUGAAAACUACCCCGUUAGUUUCCAGGUGUCCCUGACAGGCUUCCUCAUGUUGGAGAUCCUGCUGGGCCUGAGCUCUAACCUCACUGUGCUUGCCCUCUACUGUAUGAAGUCCAACCUCAUAAGCUCCGUCAGUAACAUCGUCACUAUGAACCUCCACGUGUUGGACGUGCUGGUUUGUGUGUGCUGCAUCCCCCUCACUAUUGUGGUAGUGCUGCUCUCCCUGGAAAAAGACACUGCCCUCAUUUGCUGCUUCCAUGAAGCCUGCGUCUCUUUCGCUAGCGUUGCAACCGCUGCGAACGUGCUCGCCAUCACCCUCGACCGCUAUGACAUCUCAGUAAAACCUGCAAACAGAGUGCUGACCAUGGGCCGCGCCGUGGCGCUGCUGGCCACUAUCUGGGUGUUGUCCUUCGUCAGCUUCCUCGUACCUUUCAUCGAAGUGGGCUUCUUCGCUCAAGGCCAUCCCGAGCUGAACCAGACGGUGGUGGAAAACCAGUGUUACACCGAAUCUGGUCUCAAUUACCACUUGCUCGCUCAGAUCCCUAUCUUCUUCUUCACCGCCAUUGUAAUGCUCAUCACCUACUCGAAAAUCCUGCAGGCGCUGAACAUUCGCAUCGGCACCCGCUUCCACACCUCACAGAAGAAGAAGGCUCGCAGGAAAAAGUGCCCAUCCAUGACGGCCAUGACGACGCAGCAGGAGGCCACGGAGGGAUCCCAGAGCAGCGGCAGCCGCAAUCCCACGCUGGGCAUGCGCACCUCCGUCUCUGUCAUCAUUGCCCUGCGCCGGGCCGUGAAGCGCCACAGAGAAAGGCGGGAGCGCCAGAAGAGGGUUUUCAGGAUGUCCCUCCUGAUUGUGUCCACCUUCUUGCUGUGCUGGACGCCCAUCACAGUUCUCAACACCGUCAUCCUGAGUACGGGCCCCUCCACCCUCAUGGUCAAGCUGAGACUGGGCUUCCUGGUGAUGGCUUACGGGACCACCAUCUUUCAUCCCCUGCUCUAUGCCUUCACGAGGCAGAAGUUUCAGAAAGUCCUAAAAAGCAAAAUGAAGAAGCGCGUGGUGUCAAUCAUUGAGGCAGAUCCUACCCCCAAUAAUGCCAUUAUUCACAACUCCUGGAUUGAUCCAAAGAGGAACAAAAAGGUGACGUUUGAGGACAAAGACGCCCGGUUGAAAUGUCUUUCUGCUGAGGACGUGCAGUGAAGAAACUCGUUAUCUCAAGAGAAUACAGUCGAAGCAGCUAAAAAUGACAUCAGGUCAUGAUAAAAAAAGGGAAAAUGUUAAUCCAAAGCAUUAAUGUAAAAUAAUAAGUGCAAUAGAAUGUACAAAAAUAGAAGGUAGAUAAUUUAUUAUAAUUUAUUGAAAAUAAAGUAGGUUUCAUAGAUAUGCCAUAUACUGUACUGUAGAUAUUGCAUGUUCUUUUGUAAAAGUACAUACAGCACAUUGUGUUCAUACAAAUACAUGUACAGGAUAGGGAAAACAAGGUAUAUGAGAUAUAUUUGAGACAGAAGUAGGAGUUGUUAUGUAAACAUAUAUUUAUAAUAAAUUUUGUGUUCCCUCACAUAAUGCAGCAAAAAGGCUUUCUAUUCUGCGCUUCCCCGAGUAAAAUGUUUGAGAAUCUGCAACAGCUGUGAGAUUACUCCCAUUCAUCACAAUGCCACUUUCUCUCACAGCAGAGCUCGCAGCCUCCAGUGACUACUGACCUUAUUGCCUGGGAGCUCGCGAAAUGAGAUGCAAAGCAUGAACACGUA